UUAACGGUCGUCCUUUGAAAGGGAAGAAGUCGCCUACGCAGCUGACAGUUUCUAACAAUCACGUGUUAUAACGGUUUUUCGUUCGAAAAAGUCAAUUGACAAGGCAUUUGCUCUUGUUACGGACUUGAUCCUUUGUGCAUCGCUUAGACACUCAUCGACAAGCUGUCGCUAUCAUUUUGCGAGCACUUAAAAGUUGUAAGAGUUUAAAAGUCCAGCGCGUUUGUGCCCCUUGCGGCUGUAGCGAUUUCCGCGCCUUGAAGAGCUAAGCGCACCAGAGCCGUACAAAAACACCUACAAAUAGAAAACUACAUUCUGCUGACUCCCCAUAAUUCAAUUUAUUUGUAUUUGUAUUAACGCGUCGUAACACUGCUGCCGCGCAUUUUUAAAUUGUUUUGGCGUAUCCUUCGAAAUUCUAAGCCACCGCCCCAUCAUAAGGAACACAAUGAAGGCAGCCGUUUUCCUAUCACUUUUACUGAUUGUGCUUGGCACUAAGGCAUGGCCCAUGGUAAAGAAGUCGUUCGAGUUUUAUCCGAACAAUGCACUCGCUGACGUUCAUGUAAUAUCAGAUUGUAUGCAUGUUUCGUCCGAACCCGGCGACUACGUAUUCAAAAAAGUACCGCAUUUGCUUGCCAACAGGAUGGAGUUGCCACUCGUGGAAGCCGCCGUGGAAGAGUCGUCAUCAGAAGUGUGCGGCCUCUACGUGAUUGGUGAGCCUGACACUAUCAUCGAAAUAACAAUGAAACAGUACGACGUUAAUUGUGCGAACGGCGGUCUAAUGGCUUUCGUGGAUGGCUGGGAGUUGAAUGGCGAAUAUUUUCCAGGCAUUAAGGACCAUCAUCGUGAGUUGGAAGAGCGUGUGGUAGAGUUUUGCAACAAUUAUAAGCAAUUGCCACGUGUCGCGAAUAAGAAAUUCUUCCGUUCAAGUCAAAAUGCGGCGUUGCUGCAGUAUCGCAUUCCGUUCCGUGGCUCCUUCAUCGCCCACGUGCGUUUUCACAAAAUUACGCAACCUUGCAACGUGCUGGUACAGGACACAAACGCUGUAUUCAAUAUGGCUAAUUUCGGUUAUCGGCGCAAUUGCACGAUCUCCGCACUCUUUCCAGCCACGGUGGCAGUGGCCAAUCUAAAAAUAGGCGGCAAGAACGUGCGUGGCGAAAAGGUUAAUUAUGACUGCGGCAUGCAAGAGGAUCGAUUGGAGGUCGGCGGCUCGUCUGGACUGGACUCGUUCGCAAUGGAGAAGGCAUCUGAUGUUUGCGGCUAUGCUGAUCAGCAGGGACCCGAACAGGCCAUCUUCUGUGAAGUGACAACGGUGCGUUUGAUCUCUACCGGACGAUAUCAAAAUUACGCAGCUGUAAUGAUACGGAAAGCCGAUGAAAAUGAUCUUAAUAUUGCCACACUUGUAUGUGCGCUAUAAAUUUAACAAAAUAAACUUUACUGAAAGCAACACCGAAAAUAUUAAUAACCAGCCUCAUCAGAAAUAGAUUUCAUAGAAGUAUAACCAAAAAACAUACAUGUGAAUGUACAUAUAUGAGUGAAAAUUAUGUUUCUUUGUUUCAAUUUACAUUUGUGAUAACCAAGAGAUACUCCAGAAUAUUCGCUUAGAUGAAAAUUCUCGCUCCUCAUUAAACGCUUCCAGCUAAAUAACAAACUGAGCUGCACACCAAACUCAGCAACAACAGAAAAGAAAAUAUCUAUGAAAUUAGUUUUUAAUGCUUCUUUGAAUUCUAAUUGUUUGUAAAGCUCGGUAACCAGUAUUGUAUAUAUAAGUAUUCGAAGCCCCGAUCUCUGUAUGCAUUCAAACGCAAUAUGUUUAGACAUCAUCCAUUAUUAGGUCCCCAAAUAGCAUUCAAAUGUUAAAAAUAUGUAUGUAUACGCACAUGUAUAAUAAAUACGUGCUUAAAUGUAAUUGUGGUGAAAAUUAUUCAUAAUAAAUCUGAAA